UAUUCGAGGAUGUUGAGAGCGGGAGAUGGUCGGCAGAUGCGGAUGUAGCAUCACCAUUUAUAUCGAGAGGCUUCACACACAUUGCUUUAAUGAGCUACACAUGAAAUCAGCGGCAUUUGCGCACAUCAGAGAACCACUUUGGCUUUAAUAAGAAAAAUAUUCCUCUUGCUGGACAAACCUCUGCAUACUGCCUUUUAUCAAACGAGCCUGCAGGAACGCGCACUGCUCAUCAGAAACUAAUUUUUUCAUUGCAAAUUUGAUGCGUAAUGGUGAUCUCCAGAGGACACUGAGUAGGCUAUCCAAGAACUCUUGAGAAUCAACUCUUUUUCACUUAUAGCUAAAAAUAUGCAGGUCAUUUUGUUUGUUUCGGUCGUUUUUCUUUACUACAAAGCUGCUGUGGCGGAUACUAAACUUAAGUGUCCGGAGCGUUGCGAUGUGAGCAAGUGUCCGAGCCCGAGCUGUCCGAGCGGGUACGUGCCGGACCGCUGUGACUGCUGCCUGGUGUGUGCGCAAGGGGAGGGCGAGCCGUGCGGCCGCAAGGACGAUCUGCCCUGCGGGGACGGGUUGGAGUGCAAGCACCCGUCCGGAAAGAGACUAUCCAAAGGCGUGUGCCAGUGCAGGUACAGCAGUAAAGUUUGCGGCAGCGACGGGAACACGUACGGCAACAUCUGCCAGCUGAAGGCGGUGAGCAGGAAAGCGCUGCAGCAGGGUCUGCCCGCGGUCACCAACGCGCACAAAGGACCGUGCGAAAACAAUCAAGGUCCCACACAUCCCAACAGCCCGAGAUACAAAUUCAACUUCAUUGCUGACGUGGUAGAGAAGAUCGCCCCUGCUGUGGUGCACAUUGAGCUGUUCCUCAACCACCCUCUGUUUGGUCGGACGGUCCCACUGUCAAGCGGUUCUGGAUUUGUGAUGUCAGAAACUGGGUUAAUCGUGACAAAUGCCCAUGUGGUGUCCAGUACAACAUCAGUCUCGGGUCAUCAGCGUCUCAAAGUUCAGAUGCGAGAUGGAGACGUGUAUGAAGCCACAAUCCAAGACAUAGACAAGAAGUCAGACAUUGCCACCAUCAAAAUAAACCCACAGAAAAAGCUGCCCGUGUUGCUGCUGGGUCACUCUGCAGACCUGCGGCCGGGCGAGUUUGUGGUGGCUAUCGGCAGCCCGUUUGCCCUGCAGAACACAGUGACGACAGGAAUCGUCAGCACUGCACAGAGAGAUGGGAAAGAACUGGGGCUCCAGGACUCAGACAUGGACUAUAUCCAGACUGACGCCAUCAUCAACUAUGGCAACUCAGGUGGACCACUUGUUAAUUUGGAUGGAGAGGUGAUAGGAAUCAACACACUGAAAGUAGCUGCAGGAAUCUCCUUUGCCAUUCCUUCAGACAGAAUCACUCGCUUCUUAAAUGAUUCUCUGGGAAAGCAAAACAAGGAGACAAGAUCCGUGAAAAAGCGUUUCAUUGGAAUCCGAAUGCUCACCAUCACAGACGCUCUGGUGGAAGAGCUGAAGCAGCAGAAUCCUGAUUUCCCUGAUGUCAGCAGCGGGAUCUUCGUCCAUGAGGUGGUUCCUCACUCGCCUGCUCAGAAAGGGGGCAUCAGAGACGGUGACAUCAUUGUUAAAUUAAACGGAGAGCCUCUGCUGAGCACCAGUGACCUGAAGGAGGCGCUAAACCAAGACAUGACCCUUUUGCUGGAGGUGCGACGAGGAAACGACGACCUGCUCUUCAACAUCGAGCCUGACAUCAUCAUGCAGUGAAGUCAUCAUUUGCAAGAAUGUGAACCACCAAACCUACACUUAAGACAUUGAGUUUUUAAGUCAGUAAUGUGCUGUCAUGGCUAAGAGGACGUUUAAUCCUUCUAUGAAACACCAAGUACAUAUUUGACAAGCUGAGAGGAAUCUAACCUUGAGAUUUUUAUUUUUUUCAAUCUCAGUCAUGUCAAGUCUGCCUAAAAAAUUUUAUAUGAACGGCUUUUCAUUUCUUUAAAGCAGAGAAAGAUUUAUCUGAAUCUGAAAAGUACAGUACUGUAUUUUAUAGAAGACAACAAAGCUGGUGAUAUUUUUGAAGUUUCGUAGCAGAAAUAUUUGGCAAUGCACAAUAAAAUGUUUAGCUUAAGAUGACUUUCCAUUUAAGAAAUAUUAUUUCAAAAAAUAAAUGUCCACCUCAUAAAUAAUGAAUACAUAGAAAAAAAUACAAACAUUUAUGAUGAUGAUGGUUAUCUUAAUCUUUUAGCAUGUGGAUUCUCUUCUCGUUUCGUUAAACGUCUCAAAAUGUUUUUGUUUUGUUUGCUGAAACUUCAUUGUGGAACCGGUGGCAAGAAUCAAUUGCUGUGCAAGUUUUUUUUGUAUAUAAAUUUUGUAUCACUUGUGUCUUCUUUACAUGUAAUCUAUCAUCAGAUUGUCCAUGUUCAUGUUCCUGUUUGUCUAAAAUGUUUACAGCAUAUCAUGUCUUGAUUGUCAUGUCUACAAAUAUGCUCAUAUUUUUUGGUUCUCUUCAGCUGGAUCUAUGAAAGUUGGACCAAUGAAAUAAAACUUUCUCAGAAAAUU